AAAAAGGAGAGAAAACGCCGGUUGAAAUAAUCACGGGAAAAUAUCCUAAUUGUAAAAAAGAGAUAGAACAUAUAUCAGGAAAAUGGAAAAAAAGAACUAAAAGAAUGGUGACAAAAUGGCCUAAAGAGGGUAUAGAGAAAUAUGUGAUCAGAUGGGAGGGGUAAUAGCAAAUUACAGAACAGGAGACAAGUCAGAAAAAAGAAAGCGAAAAAGAGAACAGGAAAAAAGAAUUUUAGGAUGGUUUAGGUCCGCUUCCUUAGAAAAAUAUGUAGGAAUGAGUGGGGGUCGCAGUGAAGAAAUGACCCCCCCUCCGUAUACCCCGCAGUCAUCAGGACAUGCGGAAAUAAAAGAGAAGGGCGUGUACCCAAUAGGCCCGGUAACAUCUGCAGUAACAGUGUGUCCAGUAGUAAAAAUACAGGUUCAGAUACAAGGGUGGGUAGAACAUGAGGAAAGUGAGGAACAGCUCGGGAUAGAGAGAGCGCGGCUCGAGGAAGAAAAGGGAAAAAUAGAAAAAAAGGUAACAGAGCUAAGGAGAGAAUACAAGGAAGUGGAGGAGUUAGAAGAGCUGUUAAAAGAAAAAUAUAACCAGUAUGAUGAAUACCAUAGCCGGUUAAUAAAAAAGGCAAAGGAGAUAAGAGACACUGAGAAAAAACAGCAAACGUCUAAAAUAUGCCAAAAGCCUGAACAGGUGGGGCCAAAAAGGGACGGGGAAACACCUAAAAAAUGCAAAAUUGCGGGGUGGGGAAAUUUUAGAUGGGAAAAGCUCCCGUAUAACAAGUGGGAAGAGCUGAAGAAAAAAAUUACCAAGAGAACAGAUUCCCGAGAUAAACAUAAGACAAGUUUAACAAAAGGCACUACAAGUAAAAAGCAAAUCCCCCAAGCAGAGUAUAAAUUAGAAAACAAUGAAGGGGAGGAGUUCUCCCCAGCAGAAAAAAGUGAGGCGAGCGACAAUGAGGUAUGCCAAGCAAGUAAUAGCGAGGCAGAAGAGUCAGACGGGGGAGAGGGGCCUGCACAGAAUGGAGCAAGCCACUGGAUCAGGGUGCUGGAGGAGGAGACGACAGGCCGGAUCCUGGCUGUGGGGGACCUGAAGGCUCUCCUGGGAAAGGUUGUGGGGAUGGAAACAAUGCUGGACAUAUUUGAGCAGGCUGGCUUUGACAGAAACCAUGCGAAGUCUCCAGCAGUGGACGGUGGGCCGUUUGACAACGUGCGUGGGGUUGUUUGGACUGCUUUGCGAGCUCUGUAUCCCGCACGACCGGACAUAACGAACUUAACGGGACCACCGUUAAAAGACAAUGAACCACCGGCGACAUACAUCCACAUGCAGUUGCGCAGGUGGAGAUUGUUAACUAAAAGGGACGUACGGGCAGAUCCCAUAAUGACCUCCCUCUUCCGCAAAGCCAUCCGGGAGGGGAUGUCACCGGAAGUGGGGCGCCGCCUCGAUGAGGUGGUGGGACUGAACACCAUGACACACAGAGAGUUUGUGGAUCACGUGGUGCACGCUGUGGACAGGCAGCGGGGGAAAAAGCUGGAAGAUCAAACAAAAGACAUUCAAAGGAAGCUACUGCAGUCGCAGUUGGAGGAGCUGAGAGCCAAAGAAAAAAAGGCGAGAGAAAUAAAGGAGCUGAGAGCCAAAGAAAAAGAGGCGGAAAAAGUGGCAUCGGUGAAAAUACAGAAUAUGGACAAUGAAUUCUUUGACUUUGAAGCCACUCCCCCCGCCUGAACCACGGAGCAGCCGGAUGGUGCCCCAGCCGACGGUGGUCUACGACUUCUCCGGCAUCCCUCACCCAGUGGCCAUGCAAGGUAAUAUGAAAGGGGGGGGCACCCAACCGGGUGGGUAUCAAAGGGGGGGAGGGCCAGGGAAUGGUGGUCAAAAUAAUCAGUGGAAAGAGCAGCUGAAUCAGAAUAACAACAUGCAAAAUAGAAAUUGGAACCAACAGAAUUUUUAUGUUUCAGGGGGAACGUGCGGCCCCACACAUAACGUUAAAAGUCAAUCCAGGGUACCAAGCUCAGGACCUAGGACCUAUGGUUAAGAGAGCAGAAGAGCUCCAGUUCAGGCCAACAGAAAAUUCUUUAAUUUGGUGCACAGCAGAUCAAACAAUGAUCAAAAUUAUGGUAAAUGCUCAGAUGUGGGGAAAGCCCCAAAUGGUGAGGGUACCGUGGGAAGAGGGUACAAAACGAGAAAUCUCAAAAGUGUGGUGUUGCAAUAUGUUGAUGACUUAUUACUAUGUGCAGAUACAAACAAACAGUACAUAAGGGGGGCAAAAGGGGGGACACAAGGUGUCCAGGAAGAAGCUGCAGCUCUGCUCUCAGAAGACGGGGAGAGCGGAGGGACUGCGGGCGCUGACACCAGCCCAGGGAGCAACAGCACCAACAGUGCCCCUGCGGGUCCAGUACGAGAAUCGCAGGUCGGCUUUCCAGUGGAGUGACGCGCAGACCGCGUACUCUGGAUGGGAAGAUAUACCCGGAACUUACCACCUACGAGGACUGCAGCAACACAUCGUGCUACGAAUCAACGUGUUAAGAAAUUGUGUAUAAUAACUUUGUUGGGUCACUUAGAAUAAUAUAUACAGCUUUGAUAUGUAUAAUCAAAUUUUGCGACUGGAGAGAGUGUUGGAGGAACCAUGGGAACAACGUUACAUUGAGGAAUCUGAUACAUUUGGAUGCUGCUAUGGCAGCAGGGGAUGCGCAGGCACCCAACAUAAUAUACAGGGGUGGUGCACACCCGACACUGUCUGACGCUGAGAAUAAGAACACAGCGAGGGGUGUUUUUCGGGGCCAUGAGGUUUGACCCCGAAAGGGGGGAAUGUAGGAGAAUUUUGAGACUCCCCAUGAGUGUGAUGACGUCACAUGUUAAAGUUAAAGGUAUUCCCAUCAAUGUUGAUCAGACUGUUUCCUCCAAACUCUCAAUGCUUCAUGAUAAAAAUUAUAUACACUCAUAUAUCACAUGUAUAACUAUAUACUAAUAUAAUCAAUAUGUAAUCCAAUAACUCUAUAUCAGUAGUUGCAGCAAAGCUUAUGGAAACGCAAGAAACCACAGUAUACACUGUAGAAAAAAAGGCAAACGCAGAAGGCUUAAAAAAACCAUACUUACUCAGCAGAAAAUUAGUGCCAAAUAGAUAUGCUAGAAAACUAAUACUUUACAGUGACCCAUGUGUAACCUGAAUAAAGUAAAAAAGGUACAGGAGGCUAUAACUCUAUGAACUUGUAUGUGUAAUGGAAAAAUACAGAAAGCAAUGACGUGUAUGCAUAGUGAAAAAGUACAGAGUAAGGGAAAAUUGGAAAAAUACAGACAGCAAUGACGUGGUGUAUGCGUAAGUGGGAAAGUACAAAGUAAGGGAAAAUUGGGGUACCUGUCCACUGAUGAAGAUUAAUUAAGAACAUCAAUAGACUAAUUAAAGACAUCAAUAGAACUGAAAAUCAGUUUUGGGGCACCUGUCCACUAUGAUAAGAUUAAUUAUUGAUACAUUAAGAACAUCAUAAGGACCGAAAAUCAUCUUUAUGCCAAAAAGGUCAAGUUGACCCACGAACAGGAAAGUGAAACUCCUUA